AGGUGUCGUCCCACUCCCUGGACCGUUGAGCAUCUGCGCAUGUGUAGCGCUGUGGCUCGAGGUCGUGACUUUGGUGCGAUGUGGGUGCUCAGGCAGAUGGCGGUUGUCGUCCUGGCGAUUAUUGGAUAAAGGGUGCGACGGGGCCGAGAAUGAAAGAGAAUGGGGAAGUUAAGCAGGUGGAAUCGGACGCCGAGUCGAGGAUGCAGAUCCCCGCUACGGACAAGGAAACGGUGCAGGGUUUCGGCAGGAGCCUGAAGCAGAAGUGCGCCGCGUACGUGCUGGCCCUGCGGCCCUGGAGCUUCAGCGCGUCGCUUACUCCAGUUGCCCUGGGCACGGCCCUGGCUUACAAGAGCCUGGGCCAGCUCGACCUGACCAUUUCCCUCCUGGCUGCCUUGGCCGUGCUGGCCGUACACGCAGCCGGUAACCUGGUGAACACUUAUUACGACUUCAGCCGGGGCAUCGAUCAUAAGAAGAGCGACGACCGGACCUUAGUGGACCGGAUCCUAGAGCCACAGGAUGUGGUGCGGUUCGGAGCCUGCCUGUACACUCUGGGCUGCCUCUGCGCCUGUUCCCUCUACUUUUUGUGCAAACUCAAACUUGAACACUUAGCUCUGAUCUUCUUCGGGGGGCUUUCCAGCUCCUUUCUUUACACUGGAGGCAUUGGAUUUAAAUACUUUGCUCUUGGUGAUAUCAUCAUUCUGAUCACCUUUGGACCGUUAGCUGUGAUGUUUGCUUAUUCUGUGCAAGUUGGUUACUUGGCCAUUUCACCACUACUUUAUGCAAUUCCUUUAGCACUCAAUACAGAAGCCAUCUUGCACAGUAACAAUACCAGAGACAUGGAGUCUGAUAAACAGGCUGGGAUUGUCACCUUUGCCAUUAUUAUUGGGCCGACGUUAUCUUACAUUGUGUAUAACAUGCUGAUAUUUGUACCCUAUGUAAUAUUUUCUAUAUUAGCAACUCGAUAUACAAUCAGCCUUGCAUUGCCACUUUUGACUGUACCUUUGGCCUUUUCACUUGAGCGACAGUUUCGAAGCCAGAAUUAUGCCAAAAUUCCCCAGAUGACUGCAAAACUGAAUCUUUUUCUAGGAUUGUUCUACGUUUUUGCCAUUUUGUUAGCACCAUCUGGAAGCUUACCAAACUAAAAUGGCACAGACUCCUUUUCUAUAUUUCAGAAAUCAAAAUUGAUGAUGGUAAAGCUAUUUUUUAUUUUAAAAUAGAGAAGUUGGAACAGUUUUUUUUUCAAUUAAGCCACUAUUCCUUUUAAACAAAAAGAUGUUAAUUUUUUGCAGUUACUCCAACUUCCACUCCUUAGCAAAGGUGCAAUUUGCUCCUGAAAAUUAAGUGGUGCAUGGUGUGUUUUUUUUUAAAACAAUGGUUUCAACAUCAGGAAAAUAAUUUGCAUUUGUACUGUACAAGUAACCCAUAUUUUCAGAGUCAUCAUAUGGUAAGAAACUAUAUCACAAGUAUAUUUAAACUUAGCCUACCUUAGAUUUUGAUUCAUUAUAUCUAAUCCUUUACAUAGUUGAUUCUCAUAUAUAAAAUCAUGGACAAUAGAAAAUUGAAUUUAUCUGGUUUUUAUGUCUUGAAAACUUUAAGCAUUAAUAGGUUAAUAAUGGAGGACUGAUGUAGCUUGUAAAUGGCUUGUGAUAUAAUUUCAUUUUGGCAACAUCUAUAAUGGACAAAUUUGUAUGAUUUGUACAAUUGGUCUUUGGUAGUGCAAGAAAAGUGAAUUUGUAGCACACAUACAGAUGUACUGAGAAUUGGUCCUAGGAAGUAAUUUUAAAUAUGUGAUGUCCAUCUAAUUUGAGAGAAUAUCUUUUUGUUUUGCUUUUGAGUUUGUUUAAACUUAAUUGUAAUUGCAUUUCGGUACUUGUUUAUUCUGUCAUAACCUGCACUGUUUAUUUGCAAGGAUUGAUAUUUUGAAGUUAUGUUUGAAAUACAUAAAUGAAUGAAUGGUAAAAAGGAGAUUAAAAGGCAGGUAAACAGCUUGGCAAGAUGUCAAAACGUAAACUGUUUUAGAAGAUGGAGUAUUUAGUAUUUGUCAUUUUACUUUGUAUAAGAUUUCAAAUGACUUUGCAUUAAAUUUUAAGGGAAUAAA